AUGUAUCUCGGCUGGAUUGAUUAUGGAGUUUUAGCUUUACUUUUGAUAAUAUCAGGUGCUAUCGGUAUUUAUCAAGGUUGUUUACGAUCAAAAAAAGUAUCAACACAAGAAUUUCUUGUUGGUGAUGGUCGAAUGAAAAUUUUACCAACAGCAAUGAGUCUUUUAGCAAGUUUAACUUCUGCAGCAUCAUUACUUGGAAUGCCUGUUGAAGUUUAUUAUUAUGGAACAAUGUUUAUCUAUUGUAUCUUUUCAUGGUUCAUAUCAACAUAUAUAACAAUGAAAUUUUUUAUACCUAAAUAUCAUUAUAUUGGAAAUGCUAGUAUUUAUGCAUAUCUUGAAGAACGUUUUUCAUUAACAAUUCGUAUAUUAGUAACAUCAAGUUAUAUCUUAAUAACAGUUCUCUAUAUGGCUGUUAUUAUAUAUGGACCGAGUUUAGCUUUAAGUCAAGUAACUGGAUUAAACAUAUGGGUUGCAGUUGGAUCCUGUGGAUUAGUUUGUACUGUUUAUACAAGUUUUGGUGGAAUAAAAGCAGUUAUUUGGACUGAUGUCAUACAAGCAGUAGUCAUGUUUAUUGGACUUAUUUUAUCGAUUAUAUUUGGUGUUAUAGAUGCUGGUGGAUUAUCGAUUCUAUUUGAAAAACUCAAAAAUGGAAAUCGUUUACAAUUUUCCGUUAUAACAUUAGAUCCAUCAAUUCGUUAUACAAUUUGGAGUGUAUUAAUAGGUGUUACAUUUUCUAGUACAGCACAAUAUGCAUGUAUUCAAACUCAAGCUCAAAGAUAUAUGUGUGUUAAAAAUACAAAAUCAGCACAAAAAGUUGUUUGGGUACAUUAUGGAAUGAAUAUAUUUAUGCAAAUACUUUUUUUAUGUGUUGGAUGUUUACUCUAUGUUAAAUAUAAUCAAUGUGAUCCUCUUCAAGCUAAAAUUAUUUCAAGAGCAGAUCAAUUAUAUCCAUUUUUUGUUAUUGAAAUAUUAGGAAAAUAUUCUGGUUUAACAGGAAUUUUUAUAGCUUCAAUAUUAAGUGCAACAUUAAGUACAUAUUCAAGUGGAGUUAAUAGUAUUGCAACAGUUAUUAUUGAAGAUAUUUAUAAACGAUUGUCAAGUAAAUGUUCAAUGUCGAAUGAACAUCAAUUGAUGUUUUCGAAAUUUUUAUCGGCAGUGAUUGGUUGUCUAACAAUAUUUAUGGCAUUUGUUGUCUCUUAUAUGAAAAGUAACAUAAUAACAAUAAUUAUACAAAUAUUUGGUGCAUUUGCAGCUCCAAUUCUUGGUUUAUAUUUACUUGGAUUAUUUUCAUCACGUGUUAAAAGUCGAAGUGCACUUGUUGCCUUUUUUCUUUGUUUAAUAUUUCAAAUCUUUAUGCUUUUUGGAGCAAUAUUAAUUACUAAACCUGUUAAUAAACAAGGAGGACGAUUAGCUACUUCUCUGGAUGGAUGUAUACCACCAAUAAAUAUCACUCGUUCCGAGAUAAUAUAUACAAGUUCAAAUAUAUUUGUAUCGUUAUUUUCAAUAUCUCCUCUUUGGUUUAUAUUUAAUGGUACUAUGUUAACAAUUAUUUUUGGAUUGAUUUUUUCUUUUAUUCUUGAUGCAAAAGAUUCAAAAAUAAUCGAUCCAUUAUUAUUAGUAUCUCGAUAUGAUAUAUUUCCAUGUUUAUCAUCAUUAACAAAAAAUACUGUUAAACGAAUAGUAAUACAGAAACACAAUACAAUUUCAAAUAAUGAUAAUAUCAUCGAACAAGAAUCCAUGAUUUAA